ACAAAAGCUCCACAAUUUUGACCCGGAAAGAUUGAGCCUUUCUUUGAAUCGAUUGGGUCAAAUUAUUUCUACUGUAUGCGUUUUGAUUUCUUGGAACCUAAUUCCACAUAUAGAUCUUUUCCCUUACAGCAAUUUUGGGAUAUGUUUUCGAGCAAUUAAGGGUUUAUUUCUUGAUGGCAUCAUCUGCGAUUAAGCAUGUCGGAGAUCACCACCGGCGUCCAUCUUCCGCAAGGGACUUACCGGCGGGAUGCUGUAAUCCUGUCAAUGAGCAGGGACCGGUGACAAUCGAACAUGUGUUAUUGGCGUUAAGAGAGACAAAAGACGAGAGAGAAUCACGAUUUCGAGGGUUGUUUAAUUUCUUCGAUACAUCAAACGCAGGGUACUUGGAUUCUGUGCAGAUCGAGGUAGGGCUAUCGGCGAUGCAAAUUCCGGCGGAUUACAAGUACGCGAAAGAGUUACUUAGGGUUUGCGAUGCAAAUAAGGAUGGGAGAGUUGAUUAUCAGGAGUUCAGAAGGUACAUGGAUGACAAGGAGCUUGAGCUUUAUCGUAUUUUUCAAGCCAUUGAUGUCGAACAUAAUGGUUGCAUUUUGCCAGAAGAGCUCUAUGAUGCUCUCGUUAAGGCUGGGAUAGAACUUGACGAUGACGAACUAGCAAGCUUCGUGGAGCGAGUUGACAAGGACAACAAUGGCAUCAUAACAUUCGAAGAAUGGAGAGACUUUCUUCUUCUUUAUCCUCACGAAGCAACCAUCGAGAACAUUUACCAAUACUGGGAAAGGGUUUAUCUUGUCGACAUCGGAGAACAACCCAUAAUUCCAGCAGCCAUGAACAAACAUGUACCCGCCAGCAAGUACCUGAUCGCAGGUGGGGUUGCCGGAGCUGCUUCCCGUACAGCCACCGCUCCUCUCGAUCGCCUGAAAGUCCUCCUCCAAGUCCAAACGUCAAACGCAUCAAUUGCAUCCGCAGUCAAGAACAUUUGGAAAGAAGGUGGGGUUUUAUCUUUCUUCAGAGGUAAUGGACUAAACGUUAUUAAAGUCGGCCCUGAAAGCGCUAUAAAGUUUUACACUUACGAAAUGUUGAAGAACUUCAUCGGAGGGGAAGAAGGUCAGGGCGAUAUCGGAACUUCCGGUCGUCUUCUCGCCGGCGGUAUGGCCGGUGCUGUUGCACAAACAGCGAUUUAUCCAAUGGAUUUAGUCAAAACCCGGUUACAAACUUUCGCUUCUGAAAACACAAAAGUUCCCAGUUUGGGAAAGCUUUCAAAGGACAUAUGGGUUCAUGAAGGACCUCGAGCUUUUUACAGAGGGAUUGUACCUUCUCUUUUCGGAAUUAUUCCUUAUGCUGGAAUUGAUUUAGCUGCUUAUGAGACUUUGAAAGAAAUGUCAAGAACAUACAUUCUUGAAGACAGUGAACCUGGGCCUUUGGUGCAAUUAGGUUGUGGCACAGUUUCCGGAGCUCUAGGAGCCACUUUUGUUUACCCUUUGCAGGUUGUCAGAACAAGGAUGCAGGCUCAAGCGCCACGUGGAUCGACUGCAUAUAAAGGGAUGUCUGAUGUGUUCAUGAGAACGUAUCAGAAAGAAGGAAUGAGAGGAUUCUAUAAAGGGCUUUUACCCAAUCUUCUUAAAGUUGUUCCAGCAGCUAGUAUUACGUAUAUGGUUUAUGAGACAAUGAAGAACAGUUUAGAUCUUGAAUGAUUGAUUGUGUUGUGGUAAUUUUUGUGAUACUGACAUGAUGAUGAUGAUGAUGAUGAUGAUGAUGAGAAAUAAGAAUAAGAAUGGUAAUUGUAAUGGCCAUUGUUUGAGUUACAUAAUAGGUGUUAAUUUUGCGGGGGUUUUGUAGGGAGGAGGUAUCCUGGUAUAUCUUGUUCCUGUUGUCGAUUUGUUGAGAACUAUGUAUACUUGCAACUAGGUCAUGCCUAAAUUCAAUAUAUUACAACUUUCUGAUUCUUUUUUACAUUGAUACAUGUUGAAUUGUGGAAAUUCUGCUGUUUUAACUUGUAUUUGUUCC